AUGCCCGAGGAACCCACGGUCCCCACCGACCAUGAACCAGAGCAGCACCACCAACCACCCAAGGCCUGGAAAAAAUGGACCAAAAGAAUCCUCCUCCUGCUCCUGAAGCAAUGGCUCCUAAUCGGCAUGGGCGUCGCCUGCGUACUGGCCUACUUCUUCCCCAACGUCGCCAAACACGGCGGGAUCAUCCGCGCCGAGUACACCAUCAUGUACGGCGUUAUCGCGAUCAUCUUCCUGAUCUCGGGACUGAGCAUCCCGCGCCAGAAACUCUUUGCGCAGCUCAUGAACUGGCGUCUGCAUGUUCUGGUCCAAGCCGUUUCGUUCCUCUUUGUUCCUGCGCUGAUGCUUGCGGUCGUGCAUGCCAUUCUGGCUGGUGAUCCGUACGGCCGUAUUGAUCGCGCCGUGCUGGCUGGGUACAUCUUCACGGCGUGUAUUCCGACGACGAUUGCGUCGAAUGUUGUUAUGACGAGGGCGGCGGGCGGAGACGAUGCGGCUGCGACCGUCGAAGUCCUGCUUGCCAAUGUCCUGGGUCCGUUUAUAACCGCUGCGUGGACGGUUUCUCUGCUGCCGAAGGGGUCGGAGUUCGAUAUCUGGCGCUCUGGCGGUGGGAAUUUGGGGACGAUGUACAAGAACGUGUUCAAGCAGCUGGGGCUCAGCGUGUUAUUACCGCUGGUGGUUGGACAGCUGGUGCGAUGGACCUGGCCGGAUCGGACGGCGUGGAUGAUUCAGAAGACGAAGCUGCCGAAAUUCGCGACGGUUUGCAUGCUCCUGUUGGUUUGGUCUACCUUCUCCUCGUGCUUCGCAACAGGCGCACUCCAAGCCCUAUCUACGCAAAGUGUUGUCUUCGUCGUCCUUUUCAACAUCGGGCUGUAUAUCGCCUUGACGACAGUGUGUUUCUUCAGCGCACGGCCACCCCGAUGGCUUUCUUCUCGUGGUUGGUCGAAGCCGGUGUUCAAGCCGAUGCUCCCGGAAGAAACCAUCGCAGUAUGCUUUUGCGGUCCAGCGAAGAGCACUGCAUUGGGCAUCCCGCUGCUGUAUGCCAUGUGGGCACCUCUGGACCUCUUUACCAAGUCCAGGACAUCAGUGCCCGUGUUGCUAUAUACCACGGAGCAGAUCUGCGUUGCGCAUUUCUUUGUGCAGAUAUUCCGGCGCUGGCAUGCGAGAUUGGCGGACAAGGAAGAUCUAGAGAGUCACCUGCAGCCGGAGGAUGCAGAUAUCGGAAUGAUUCAAGUUUCUCGAGGUUCUACAGAUGAGCACACGAACGUUUGA